AUGGCCCCGCUUCCCAAGAAAAAACACACGCGAGCCCGCAAAGGCAAUCGAGCAGCACACCACGCAAUCGGUUUGCCGACGCUCGUUCACUGCUCGCGGUGUGACACUCGUAUUCCUCCGCACCGCGUGUGUCCGGAAUGCGGUAACUACAAAGGACGAACCGUCAAAGGAAACUGGCCGAACGCCGACGUUUACAACGUUGACGUUGUCGAUGCAUGA